AGUGCUCACAGUAUUCCAUUCAGCGCGUCUUCACUGAAGGUUGAUCAACCCACAGAAGUAAUGUUUGAAGUGGAAGCAGAUGCAAGGCCUAUUAAAACUUAUACGACUGGAAACCAACAAACGGCACACACAUUGUCACGCAAGCCACCCAGGAACAGAGAAAUACCGACAGUGUCACGCAGUAAGCUCAAAGGUGGAGGGAGUGAAAUGAAAUCAGCGCCGAAACACAACCCUACGCAUGGCGUGACAGGAAAGACAACACCGGCUAUGUCACGCGAUCACUUAAAAGUUAGACACAAUAAAACGACUUCUGCACCGCCGCAAUUUCAUGGUAAGGACACUAAGGAAAACACUACUGUGGCUGUGUCACGUAGUCCUCUAAGAGUCGAGCACAGGAAAACUACGCAGUCUGUGUCGCGGCAUGCUAAUAAGGGAGAAGCCUCACCAACAGCGAGCAAAACAGCACAGGCGAUUUCACAGAAUGUUCCCAAGAUAGGACAGGAAAAGGCCAAACAAGUUGAAACACUAAAGCCCCCAGUUCCAAGACAAUCACAGAUAAGAGACGAUUUAAAGGGUCCAAGAAGUAUGAAAGUUAGCGCAAGCCCUGCCACGACAGUUGCAUUGUCGAGCACACAGCACGUAUUGAAGAAGCAAACUCUUGCUGAAAACAAAACCAGCGUCGUUUUGAUCAACUCAGAAAAACUUGCACCUUCCUCGCAAAGUAAAGCAACGGCUCACUCGAGGCAACCGCAACCUAGAUUAGCCUCUUCCCUAAUCUUCUAUUCCAAAGCGUCUACUUCAGUCUUUGAAAGUUCUAGUACCUUUGUAACUGGCAAUGUUCCUCAUUUUGAUUCGCAACACACUACGGACGACGCAGUGUCUUGCAGAGACAGCGAAAUAUUGCGAGAUGUUUCUCCUCCAGUCGGACAAGAAACUGCACUGGGGCCUGUACCGGACAUGCGUACUUGUAUUGAGCUAAGUUGUGAUCACGUGGGUGGUGACGUUGCGUACAUGCGCAGCUCGCAGUGCUUUGUGAUCACGUGUCGAAGUCCUGCCUUGUGUCAAACGAAUGAGCUAAGACCUGGUAUUUCAGACAUUAACACGACGGUAGCCUUUCUCAGAAAACGAGGUCAAAAUUCGAAAGGUUAG